AUUCUAAUGACGAUUCUCUUGUUAUUCUUUUUGAGUUGAACAUGCUUUACAGAAGAACGUCCACCGGCGAGAAAAGUGAAGUAGCAUGUGGCUGGUGUGCGAUGAGACUGUUUGAAGAAAAUGUAGCGCCAGUACCUAACAAGACAUCAUAUGAGAUUCUACUUAAUGGAGGAACUCCGUUUGAUACUGGUGUGGACUUGGACCCCUCCAUCAGUUUAAAAGCAAGCAGUAGCCGUUUCCAGCAAGUUGUUCGUUCUAAUCGCCAGCCACGACUGUCAGUGAAGCUGAUUUCACACCAAAAAAGAGAAAUAUAUGACAUGUUACCGGACACUUUGUUAACAUGUCACAUGUAUGCUCAAUUCAUUUCUUUGUACCGCCAACUGCUGACCGAGGUUAUAAUGGACGAAGGGCGCGACUCACAAGUUGCAGGCUUUAUUAUGGAUCCUGUAAUAUCUACAUUUCCCAAAACUCUUCAUACCAGUGACGUCAUGGAUGCUCUCAAGGUAAGCACGUGACUAUUACGUGAGCAC